GAACCUCUAGAGGAAAGGGUCAUUUCCAAUGGUGUGCGCACCCCAGGGGUCUGUGCCCACAGGCCUUCCCUCCCUGGAGUUCCUCAGUAGUUGGGCUCUGGCUUCCGGCCAGAAGAGGCUCAUUGGUGAGGAUUGAGAUCAGGAGCUGGGAAAAGAAAGUUGGAGAAUCGCUGGAUGCGUUUGAUUGUGCCAAUGAGGACCUGAGGCACCUGCCUGCUGACCAUCCCAGCCUGCAGUGACCAUGGCUAUGAGCAAGAGGAGUCACCAUGGCCUGGGUUUCCUUUGCUGCUUUGGAGGCAGUGACAUCCCCGAGAUCGACCUCCGGGACAGCCACCCAUUGCAGUAUCUGGAGUUUUCCGGUCCAAUCCCGAACCCAGAGGAGCUCAACAUCCGCUUUGCAGAGCUGGUGGAUGAAUUGGACCUCACGGACAAAAACCGCGAGGCUGUGUUUGCACUACCACCCGAGAAGAAAUGGCAGAUCUACUGCAGCAAGAAGAAGGAGCAGGAGGACCCCAACAAGCUGGCAACCAGCUGGCCCGACUAUUACAUUGAACGUAUCAACUCCAUGGCUGCGAUGCAGAACCUGUGUGAAUUUGACGAGGAGGAGACCAACACGAGGAACCAAGUUGUAGAAGACCUGAAGACAGCCCUCCGGACGCAGCCUAUGAGAUUUGUGACCCGCUUCAUCGAGCUGGAAGGCUUAACCUGUCUGCUGAAUUUCCUCCGGAGCAUGGACCACGCCACCUGUGAGAGCCGCAUCCACACCUCUCUCAUCGGCUGCAUUAAGGCUCUGAUGAACAACUCCCAGGGACGGGCACAUGUCCUGACACAGCCUGAGGCCAUCAGUACCAUCGCACAGAGCCUGCGCACGGAGAACAGCAAGACUAAGGUUGCGGUGCUGGAGAUCCUGGGUGCGGUGUGCCUCGUGCCCGGAGGCCACAAGAAGGUUCUGCAGGCCAUGCUGCACUACCAGAUGUAUGCAGCUGAGCGCACUCGCUUCCAGACACUGCUGAAUGAGCUGGACCGAAGUUUGGGUCGGUACCGGGAUGAGGUAAACCUAAAGACAGCCAUCAUGUCCUUCAUCAAUGCCAUCCUCAACGCUGGGGCUGGAGAGGAUAACCUGGAAUUUCGCCUACAUCUCCGGUAUGAGUUCCUGAUGCUGGGGAUCCAGCCAGUGAUUGAUAAACUCCGACAACAUGAGAAUGCCAUCCUGGACAAGCAUUUAGACUUCUUUGAGAUGGUCCGGAAUGAGGACGACCUGGAGCUAGCCCGGAGGUUUGACAUGGUUCACAUCGACACGAAGAGUGCCUCCCAGAUGUUUGAGCUGAUCCACAAGAAGCUGAGGCACACGGAGGCUUACCCCUGCCUCCUCUCUGUGCUGCACCACUGCCUGCAGAUGCCAUACAAGCGGAAUGGUGGCUACUUCCAGCAGUGGCAGCUCCUGGACCGAAUCCUCCAGCAGAUCGUCCUCCAGGAUGAGCGGGGCAUGGACCCUGACCUGGCCCCGCUGGAAAACUUCAACGUCAAGAAUGUCGUCAACAUGCUCAUCAAUGAGAACGAAGUGAAGCAGUGGCGGGACCAAGCAGAGAAGUUCCGGAAGGAACACAUGGAGCUCGUGAGCAGGCUGGAGAGAAAGGAGCGGGAAUGCGAGACAAAGACACUGGAGAAGGAAGAGAUGAUGAGGACCCUGAACAAGAUGAAGGACAAGCUGGCCCGGGAGUCCCAGGAACUGCGCCAAGCUAGGGGACAAGUGGCAGAACUGGUAGCCCAACUCAAUGAAAUCUCAACCGGCCCAGUGUCUUCCCCACCUCCCCCUGGAGGUCCACUCACCUUGUCUUCCUCCACAACAACCAAUGACCUGCCUCCACCCCCGCCCCCGCUCCCCUUUGCCUGCUGCCCACCCCCACCCCCACCGCCCCCUCCUCCCGGAGGGCCUCCUAUCCCCCCAGGUGCUCCGCCGUGCUUCAGCUCAGGCCUGCCCCUGCCUCAGGACCCCUUCCCCAGCAACAGUGCCCCACUCAGGAAAAAGCGCGUCCCCCAGCCUUCACACCCACUGAAGUCCUUCAACUGGGUCAAGCUGAACGAGGAGCGUGUCUCUGGUACCGUGUGGAAUGAGAUUGAUGACAUGCAGGUAUUUCAGAUUCUGGACCUGGAAGAUUUUGAAAAAAUGUUCUCGGCAUAUCAGAGGCACCAGGGUGGCGUGCAGGAGGGUCCCCAGAGAGAGAGAGGAAACAUGAGAGAUGGAGGGCCUCCAAGGAGACCUCUGCCAGCCGCGGAGGCGAAUGUCCACAGAAUGGAGAAUGCUUCUAGGUCCCUUGUGUCACCUGCCAGUCCCAAGAAAGAACUGGGGUCCACGGAAGACAUCUACCUGGCUUCCCGAAAGGUCAAAGAACUGUCAGUCAUCGAUGGCCGGAGGGCCCAGAACUGCAUCAUUCUUCUCUCCAAGUUGAAGCUUUCUAAUGAGGAGAUACGCCAGGCCAUCUUGAGGAUGGAUGAACAGGAAGACCUCGCUAAGGACAUGCUGGAGCAGCUCCUCAAGUUCAUCCCUGAGAAGAGCGACAUUGACCUCCUGGAGGAGCACAAGCAUGAGAUUGAGCGGAUGGCACGUGCAGACCGCUUCCUCUAUGAAAUGAGCAGGAUUGACCACUACCAGCAGCGACUACAGGCCCUCUUCUUCAAGAAGAAGUUCCAGGAACGGCUGGCAGAGGCCAAGCCCAAAGUAGAAGCCAUCCUGCUGGCCUCCCGGGAGCUGACCCUCAGCAAGCGCCUGAAGCAGAUGCUGGAGGUGGUCCUCGCCAUUGGUAACUUCAUGAACAAGGGGCAGCGUGGGGGCGCCUACGGGUUCCGGGUAGCCAGUCUCAACAAGAUUGCUGACACGAAGUCCAGCAUUGACAGGAACAUCUCUCUGCUUCAUUACCUGAUCAUGAUCCUGGAGAAGCACUUCCCCGACAUCCUGAACAUGCCCUCAGAGCUGCGGCACCUAUCAGAAGCCGCCAAAGUCAACUUAGCAGAGCUGGAGAAGGAGGUGGGCAAUCUCAAAAGGGGUCUCCGAGCAGUGGAGGUGGAGUUGGAAUAUCAAAGACACCAGCCACGGGACCCCAAUGACAAGUUUGUCCCUGUCAUGAGUGACUUCAUCACAGUGUCCAGCUUCAGUUUCUCAGAGUUGGAGGACCAGCUCAAUGAGGCCAGGGAUAAGUUUGCCAAGGCACUGACACACUUUGGGGAGCAGGAGAGCAAGAUGCAGCCAGAUGAGUUCUUCGGCAUCUUUGAUACCUUCUUGCAGGCCUUCUUGGAGGCCAGGCAGGACCUGGAGGCCAUGAGGAGGAGGAAGGAGGAGGAGGAGCGGAGGGCACGCAUGGAAUCCAUGUUGAAGGAACAACGUGAGAAGGAAAGGUGGCAGAGGCAGCGGAAGGUCCUGGCCAGCGGCACCCUGGAGGAGAGUGGCGAGUUCGAUGACCUGGUGUCGGCCUUGCGCUCGGGAGAAGUUUUUGACAAGGACUUGAGCAAGUUCAAGCGCAACCGCAAGCGAGCAGGGACGCAGGCCCCAGAGGUCGCCCGUGAGAGGGCGAUAAGCAGGCUAAAGCACUGACUUGGGGGCUGGGGACCGGCCACAUGGCGGCAGGCCUGGAGACGGGGAGCAGGGGAGAGGAUUUGAACAGACGCAGCAGUGACUCCAGUGGUUUGGAAAGCUGGCUUUGGGAGCCCUGGGCUGGGUCCCGGGGGCUGUGUGCGGCUAGACCGGGUGUCUCCCACACCGACACAGGGCCGUGUCUCAUCUCCCUUUACAUUGCUCCUUCGCAUCCUGUCUCUCUCUGCCCCUCCUUCUCCUGGCCAUCAUUCUCUAAGACUAGCAUGGACAUCCCUGGCAGGCCCUGGGCAUUGGCCAGGAAAUCCCAGGCUGGAGAACACUGUUCUCCACACCUCAUGUGGGCACAGCGCUGUUCAAAAUCCAGGAGACCACAUCCUUUUCAGACCUCUUGUACAGUGUGUGGUGGUGCAGUGGGACCCAAAAACCAGCAGCAGGGACUCUAGGUGGCUCUCUGAAAAGACAGCUCAAUGGAACAUGGAGCUGAGAUGGAAAAGAGGGGCCUUAUGUGUUCUAUCGAGAUAAGCUCUAGCAUGUUCCAGAAGAACACAUGUAGAAAGGGACCAGAGCCAGCAAGCGAGUUGUCUGCCUUUUUCCUAGAGCAAGUCCUGGGGCCUCUCCUCUCCCCGCAGUCACCUUCAUCCCAUCUACUAAAUCUCCUGUCCCCAAAUUCUUCUCUGGAUUGCAAAACUCUGGCCCACCACCAGCUUACAGUAUGGCUCUGGUAAGGAGGGGUGUCCAAGAAAGACUCCCUUCAUCACCUCACCAGGCUUAGGCAUAGGGACCCCAAAGCAAACCCCAGUGCAACCUGACCACUGUCCUGGAGAGACAGUGACCUGAGUUCCCAGCAGUUCCUCACCAGAGGACAACACUCAAAUACGUCACUCCUGGGGAAGCUACCAUUCCACUCAGCUGACCCCUUCCAUGCCACAGUGGCCUCUCAGUCUCCAUCUGAGGUCACAGCGGAGCUCCAUAUACUUGGCUGCAGCUGGCUUUGGGAAUUGUUCCGGAGGGCUGGACCCACCCUCCACGUUUGACUGUCAUUCUGAGGGAGACAUGGGGAGAUGGGGCUGAGAAGAGCAGGCAGGAAAAGCUGAGGUGAGGGUGGAAGGGGAGCGUGUGUAGGACGCUCACAUCAGGGCUUGUGUAGGACGCUCACUUCAGGGCUUGUGUAGGACGCUCACGUCAGGGCUUGCUCCUGCAUCUGUGCUCAGUUUGGUUCCCCGGCCUGACUUGCAUGGGACCAUCCUGGCCCUCCUCCUGCUUACUCAUCUUCUGUUCUGCCCAUCUUCAGUUGUUGUUGAUGGUAUGGGUGGUAGCACUACUAUAUCUCGGCAAAUGUUCUAAAUGGAGCAGGGUAAGAUCAACUCCAUGAAGGUUCUUAUUAUCUAAUGCACCUCUGUCCCCUCUCAUCCUGAGACCAAUCUUGCCUGAUUACCAUCCACCAGCCCCCGGCUCUUCCCAUCUAACCGCCUGGCUCAGGGUCACUGCCAGUGGCCGCGGGAUGCUCACUCCUAUAACUGCCCACCUUCUGUUUUUCUACAUGAGAUUCCCAGUGGGUGGGGCCAUAGUAGCUGCGGGGAGGAGAAACACGGCGUUGAGCUGGGGCGUGUACCCUGGUCUGAGAGGCAUCUCAGCAAGUAGGAGACAGGCCAGUAGGGUGGGAAGAAGCCAGCCUAAGAGGGCAAAGGGCUGCUAAGAAGAGUGGCCCUGCCUUACCCCCCAGCAAGCUAUCAAGAAUGGAGAGGACGGAGCUGGGCAUCUUCCCAUCUUCCAAACUGCCCAGGCUGUCAGCCUAACAUGCUAGGGGCAGGAGACAGGCAUGCUGUGUUCUGGCCUUCCCAAACACCACCAAGACUGGACAUGCACUAGGAAAGACAAGGAAGACGGAAGUUCUUGAAGGAACACAUCGGAUCCUCAGAAAAGCCAUUUGGUAUCUCUCCAGAGCCCAGCCUUCUCACCCCAAAGAAUUUUGCCUUCUCUAUUUAUUAUUUUCCAAAUCCGGCCAGUGGCUCUGGUGCUAUAUGUCCUUGUAACCAGAUUUCAACAGUGCCUUGGAGCAUGGACCAUUGAGUGACUGGUGCUGUGGAGGUGGACAGGCUGGUCCUCAACGUUAAAGGAAGUCUGCCCCAGGGCCUUCCACCUGUCUUGCCCCUGUGGGUCAACUGCUCCGGUUAACUUUGUGCACAAUGUAAGAUUCAUAGUCCAGCCAACACACCCUUCUCAGCAGAGGCCAUUCCCUUCCCAAGAUGGAAGUUUGUCCGGGGACGGAAGGACAAAACUCUCCAGGUAGGUGGAGAUAGGCAUGGGGUCUUCACAUCCACCCCUACUGACGCCAACUCGGGAGCUGUGACCAUCUCCCUGGACAUCUGCCAACCUUCAUGCCAAGGCCACCCUCAACAGCUGCUGCAGAAGACAAUGAGGUUCAUAUGUACAGAACUCUACAGUGUCCUUCUUACCCGCACCCUUUUAUAAGAAUAUAUUGUAAUACUAAAAACUAUUAAAUUCAUCCCCACCCCCA